AUGAUCUUCUGCCCAAACUGCGCCAACCUGCUCAUCAUCUCUGCUGAGACAGGUUACAACAAAUGGGCCUGCAACACUUGCGCGUAUGAGUUCCCUAUUACGAAGCAGAUGACCUCGCGUACGAAGCUCAAACGGAAGGAGGUCGAUGACGUCCUUGGCGGUGAGGAAAUGUGGAAGCAUGCGGACUCGACAGCGGCAACGUGCCCAAAGUGCGAUUUCGGGCGGGCGUAUUUCUAUCAACUCCAAAUUAGGUCCGCCGACGAACCUAUGACGACAUUCUAUCGGUGUGCAUCGUGUGGGAACAACUGGAGAGAAAAUUGA